AAUGUCGCGCCGCAUUUGUGCCUUAACGCUCAUUGAAACAGCAUAGAAGAACAACAACACGUGAAUGCGAAGCUAGCGGAUAUUUAAUAUACGUAGCUUUUGUGAUAUUUUUAUUUUUCAUUAGAUAUAACAUCACAGAGACUGCUGCAAUGAAACUACUAACGCAUAACAUGUUGACAUCGCAUGUGAAAGGAGUAACUAAAGGAUAUCCGCUGCUGAUCAAGGCGACGGAGGUCAAAGUGAAUGAAGUCGAGUUCAACCCUCAGUUUGUGAGCCGGAUGAUACCGAAGCUGGAGUGGAGCGCUUUAAUCCAUGCAGCUGAAGGGCUGGGAUAUCUGCAGGACUUGCCCAGCACGCUUGUAUCGAACUAUGAGAACGAUGAAGACUUUUUACGCAAAGUGCACAGAGUCCUGCUGGAGGUGGAGGUGAUAGAGGGGACUCUGCAGUGCCCUGAGUCUGGUCGAGAAUUCCCCAUCUCAAGAGGAGUCCCCAACAUGCUUCUCAAUGAAGACGAGUCAUAGGAGACGUCCCCACUCCUGUUUUAUUCAAAUAUAACAAACAGACAAACACCACAUUAAUGUUGUAUGGGAUUGCAGCAGAGUUGAAUUGCAAUGAGUCAGGAUAUCUGCUGUUCCCCUGAAACACUUGGCAUCAUCCAAACCUGGUCCUUAAUUUAAGAAGUUAAUCUUAAUAGCCAGUUCCACUGGUACUGGCCCUUGUUUUCUCAGCUCUUGUUUGUAUUAUGUUUACUAUGUUUUGUAAUAUACUUUUCAAUAAAACUGUGUUACAUUACA